AUGCUGGGCAGACGCCCCCUCAGCCCCAGCUUCCAUGCCGCGCCCCGGUGGGAACCGCAGCCCGGGGGGCCCGGCCCCGCCAAGCGCCGCCGAAUCCAGGAGCCCGCGGGCCCCGAACACGGAAUGGCGCCCGGCCUGCAGGGCCCGGCCGAGCCCAGGGCCGCCGCCGCGCUCACCUCCGUGGUGGUGCUGGCCGCUGGCUGCGCCCUGCAGCUGCCUCUGGACAGCGGCGUCGACCUGAUGCUGGAGCCCGCGCCCACGUCGGUGCUGCGAGUGCGUCUGGGCGGGCACACCCUCGUGCUGGUGCCCGAGGCGCUCUGGGGCGCGGGCGCGGGGGCGCGCUCGCCCGGCGGCCUGGAGCCCCGUGCUCACCUGGACGCUCCCGGGGGAGGCGUCGCCGUCCAGCAGGGAUUCUUCUGCGCUUUUGUCCCAGAGAUCGCCGUCCCAGAGAUCAGCAUCCCAGAAGACACCUAG